CAGGCCCGACCUGGUCGAUAUGAGCAGAGUAUCAACACAAAGUAGCAGAUCCAACCUAGAGCAAGCGUUUGGUGUGGCCGAGCAGCUUGGUGUGGCCCGACUGCUGGACCCAGAGGAUGUGGACGUGUCAUCUCCUGAUGAGAAGUCUGUUAUUACUUACGUAUCAACGUUAUACGACGUCUUCCCGAAAGUACCGGAGGGUAUGGAGGGCAUCAGUGCAAAUGAUGUGGACAUUAAAUGGGUUGAAUACCAGAACAUGUUGAAGUACCUCAGCCAGUGGAUCAAACACAAUGUGACUGUUAUGUCAGACAGAAAUUUCCCCAGCAAUCCUGUGGAACUUAAGGCACUUUAUACGCAGUAUCUACAGUUUAAAGAGAAUGAAAUACCACUGAAAGAAAAUGAAAAGGCCAAAAUCAAGCAUCUCUACAGAAUGCUAGAGGUGUGGAUAGAGUUCGGUCGCAUCCAGCUCCCUCAAGGGUACCAUCCUAAUGACGUGGAGAAGGAAUGGGGCAAGCUGAUCGUGGCCAUGCUGGAGAGAGAGAAGAGCCUGAGGCCUGAAGUGGACAGACUUGAAAUGCUGCAGCAGAUUGCAAACAGAGUUCAGCGAGACUGUGUAGCCGGAGAGGACAAAUUAGUGUUAGCACGGACAGCUCUGCAGUCGGAUGCGAAACGGUUGGAAUCAGGAAUCCAGUUUCAGAAUGAAGCAGAGAUCGCUGGUUACCUUCUGGAGUGUGAGAAUUUACUGAGGCAGCAAGUGCUGGAUAUUCAGCUUUUACUGGAUGGGAAAUUCUACUUGGCUGAUCAGCUCGUUCAGAGGGUCUCUAACCUCCGUGACGAUCUGCUGGCUUUGAGAACAGAGUGUUCAACCGUCUACAGCAAAGGACGCACGCUGACCUCAGAACAGACCAAGAUGAUGAUCUCUGGCAUCACGCAGAGUUUGAACUCAAACUUUUCCCCAAACUUCAGUGCCGGACUGUCUCCUGCGCUCACUCACGGAGGCUUGGUCACAUCAGACGGCAGCCCUGCGAUGAGCCCAGCCAUGACGCCCAGCAUGCAGCCUGCCUCGGUCCAGACUUACCUCAGCGGCAGAGGAGGAGGAACCAUGGAGCCCAGGGUCCUACAGCAGCUCAAACAAAUGCAGAUCCGCAAGCCCAUGCUCAAAUCCUCAUUCCUGGAUCCCAACUUGACCGAGGAUGAGGUUAAUGUGAAGUUUGUGCAGGAUCUGCUCAACUGGGUUGAGGAAAUGCAGGUUCAGCUUGAUCAAGCAGAAUGGGGAUCUGAUCUGCCAAGUGUUGAAUCAAAUUUAGGGAUUCAUAAAGAUUUUCACAAAGCCAUUGAAGAAUUCCAGAUGAGCAUUAAAGAAGCCAAAAUGAGUGAGAUUCAGAUGACCCAGCCACUGAAGCAGAGUUACUCUGAGAAGCUGAAUAAGUUAGAAAGCCAGUACAGGAGGCUGCUGAAAUGCUCCAGUGAGAGGCAGAAACACUUGGACAGCCUGUAUGAUUUUGUGUCCCGCGCCACUCAGGAGCUGAUCUGGCUCAAUGAGAAGGAGGAAGAGGAAGUGGCUUUCGACUGGAGUGAGCGAAACAGUAACAUUUCAAGGAAGAGGGAUUAUCAUACAGAUCUCAUGAGAGAACUGGAUGACAAGGAGGAGGUGAUCAAGUCAGUACAGGAGAAGGCAGAGAGCCUCCUACUGGAGAACCAUCCUGCCAGAUUGACCAUUGAGGCAUACAGAGCAGCCAUGCAGACUCAGUGGAGCUGGAUACUGCAGCUCUGUCACUGUGUGGAGCAACAUCUGAAAGAGAACGCUGUCUACUUUGACUUUUUCAGCGACGCCAAAGAGUCAUUGGAUUACCUUAGGAGCCUCCAAGAUGCCAUCCACAGAAAGUACAGCUGCGACCGAAACAGCAGUUUACAUCGGCUGGAGGAUCUCAUUCAAGAGUCCAUGGAUGAGAAAGAACAGCUCCUGAAAUACAGCAGCACAGUGGGUGGGUUAGUGGGACGGGCAAAGUCCGUUGUUCAGCUUAAGGCCCGCAACCCAGAGAACCCCAUCAGGACCUCCUUACCCGUCAAAUCCAUCUGUGACUACCGCCAGAUAGAGAUCACCAUUAGCAAAGAAGAUGAGUGCGUUCUAGUGAGCAAUUCUCACAGGGCAAAGUGGAAAGUGAUCAGUCUAUCUGGAAAUGAGGCCAUGGUACCUUCAGUCUGCUUUAGUGUACCUCCACCCAACAAGGAGGCCACUGAAAUGGCAAGCAGGAUCGAGCAGCUGUAUCAGAAUGCUCUGGCUCUGUGGCAUCACUCUCACAUUAACAUGAAGAGUGUUGUGUCCUGGCACUAUCUGAUGACUGACAUCCGCACCAUCCGCAAAAGCACUGUUGCCUCGAUCAAGACGCUAUUGCCAGGUGAUCACGAGCAGGUGCUGAGCAGCCUGCAGUCCCACUUUGAGGACUUCCUGAUGGACAGUGAUGAAUCGGAGGUUUUCACUGUGGCUGAUUGUGCCCAGCUGGAAAAGGAGGUUCUGGCUUGUAAGGAGUACUACGAGGAACUCCUCAAAUCUGCAGAGAGAGAAGAACAUGAGGAGUCCGUGUACAAUCUCUUCAUAUCUGAGGUGCGUAACUUCCGCAUGCGGGUGGAGGGUCACGAGGAACAGCUGAUCCGGAAAAUCCGCACUCCGCUAGACAGAGAUGACCUGCAGGAGUGUGUGCUGCGCAUCACCGAACAGGAGAAGAAGAAGGUAGAGCUGGAUAGGUUGAAGGAUGACCUGGAGACCCUGAGAGAGAAGUGUGAAGUUUUCCUCAGGCAAGCAGCUGCCUCUCCAUCCGUCCCUACGCUUUCCUCUGAGCUCAACAUCCUCACUCAGAACACGAACCAGGUCUACUCCAUGUGCUGCAUCUACCUGGAGAAGCUAAAGACAGUGAGUUUGGUGGUGAAACACAGUCAGAGCGCCGAAGCUCUGGUAAAGCUUUAUGAAGCUAAGUUGUGCGAGGAGGAUACAAUCAAUGCUAAUAUCAAAUCUAUCGAUGGUGUCAUGAGCACUCUUAAGCAAUGGAGGUCUGAAAUCGAUGAAAGGCGUGAGGUAUUCCAUGACUUGGAGGACGAGCUGCAGAAGGCACGAGUGGUCAGUGAGCGAAUGUUCAAAACGCACAACGAGAGAGACUUUGAUUUGGAUUGGCACAAGGAGAAGGCCGACCAGCUCAAAGAACGAUGGCAAAACAUCCACUCUCAGAUUGAAAACAGACUCCGGGACCUGGAAGGCAUCAGCAAAUCACUUAAGUACUACAAAGACACGUACAACAGCCUGGAUGAAUGGAGCAAAGAAAUGGAAACCAAGCAGCUCAAGGCCCAAGAGAAUCAACCUGAGGAUAGCAAGGCAUUGGCUGAGUUCCUUAACCAGCAAAAAGUUUUGGUCGCAGAAAUUGAGCAAAAACAAAGCAAAAUUGAGGAAUGCCAGAAGUAUUCAGAGCAGUAUGCAGUUGGAGUGAAAGACUAUGAACUGCAACUGAUGACUUAUAGAGCCAUGGUUGACUCUCAGCAUAAGUCUCCAGUAAAGAGAAGGAAGAUGCAGAGUUCCUCUGAUGUCAUCCAGCAAGAGUUUAUGGAUCUUCGUACACGUUACACGGCCCUGGUUACUCUGAUGACACAGUAUGUGAAGUUCGCAGGUGAAACACUGAAGAGGGCGGAAGAGGAUGAGAGGUCUGUUGAUGAUGAGAAGAAAGAGCAUGGCGAUAAGGUUAACAAGUUGUUAAAUUGGAUGUCCAGUAUGAAAACAAAUCUGAACAAAGAUGCAAAGGCUCAAAGUGAUGGCAAACCCAGCACUGAGAGCACUAGUAAGCCCCAGAUGUCACUGGAGGAGAUGGUGACAAAGAAGGAACAAAUUGGAGAAGCAUUGAGAACUACCCAGCUGAUGCUAACCAAACACUGUGACAAAAUGACUGAAGAAGAAAAGCAAGAAGCAAAAGAACAGCUGAAAUGUCUUCAUCAGGCCUACAGCGAGCUCUCUCAACAGUGUGCAGAUGCAGCUUCCUCAGCCGAUCAGGCACUGCAGGUCAUCCAAGGGAUUCUGGAUGUUGAAAGUGGAGCUGUCAUGUCUGUGUGUUGCUCAGUGAACAACGGCCUCAUCGACCAGAACACAGGAGUUGGUCUUCUAGAGGCCCAGCUUAUAACCACUGGACUCAUUUGGCCUGAACAGCACUUGUAUAUGGACUUGGAGCAUGCAUUCAAGAACAAACUUGUGGAUGACGCGAUGUGCAAGCAACUGCAAGAGUUGAAUGAAGCUAAAAAAUGUCUUCAGAAUCUCCAAUUUGCUUUAGAACCCUUGCCGGUUAUAACAGCCCUGGAAAAUGGGGCUAUAUCUGAGCAAACAGCAAUAAAGAUAAUUGAAAUCCAGCUUGCAACUGGAGGGUUAAGACCGACAUACACUGGUGAUAUUCUACAUCUGGAAAGGGCUUUUCAACUUGGCCUGAUACCCGAGUCACUGUUUAUCCAGAUAUUGGAGAGGAAGGAUAGUUGGAAGAACUUGAUUGACCCCAACACUGCAGAAAAUGUCACACUUAGUCAGCUUAUGCAGAGGAGCAUUGUGCACAAGCUUACAGGACUUCGCCUGCUUCCAGUGAAAUGUGGAAAAGAUGGAAAUAUAUCCCUGAUGUCUGGGAGAGAGAUUAGCAUUAUGAAAGCCAUGCACGAGGGCAUCAUUGAUAGAGAGACCAUGUUUUGGUUGCUGAGCACCCAGUUGUUUGCAGGAGGCAUAGUUGACCCCAAAACUGGCCGAAAGCUGACUGUUGAAGAGGCCUUAUCCGAGGGUCUGAUCGAUCAGGACACUGCGAGUGAGAUACUGAGCCAUCAGGCCCAAAAUGGUGGCAUUGUUAAUCCUUGCAACAGGUCGAGACUUACCGUCGAUGAGGCUGUCCAGUGUGACUUAAUAAGCUCCAGCAGUGCAUUGUUAGUUCUGGAGAGACAGAAGGCCUUCAUGGGUCUUCUUUGGCCUAACGCUGGUGAAAUUCUCUCUUUCUCCACCUCUCUUCAGCAAAACAUGAUCACAGACAGACUGGCGUCUGAGCUGCUGCGUAACCGGCACAAAAUAACAGCCUUGUACAUACCUGAAACCUCUGAGGUAGUUGACAUUGACUCAGCGGUUGAGAACAACUUAAUUGAGACAUUUACAAAAGAGUUGUUGAAGACAAUAGAAAUCCCAGAUGUGUUCCCUGAUAUAGAUGAACUGAAUAACAGCUUUUCAUCCUGGCUGGUAAUGCGGGAGCUUCAAAUCGAUGGAUCUUGUUCAGCCGGUGAAGAAAUCAGUGAUGAAAACAGCACAGAUGCACCAUCUCCCUCUGAGGCGAAACAGUUAUUUAUUUCCUACCUCAUGAUGAAUAGCUAUAUGGAUCCAAAGUCAGGCCAAAGACUGUUGAUCUUUGAUUGGCAGAUAAAUAAAAUGGCUAAAUUACUCUUUGAAACAUCAGAAUCAGAACAUGUAGAUAAGACUAUCAGACUUCAUAUGAAGGUUUCAGAAGAGUCUCAACUGAAUAACAACAUUUCUGACAAUGACAACGCUUGUCUGAUUGCCGAUUAUAGUGCUUUGGGAGAAUUACAAAUAUGCGAACCUUUGGAAAGCACAACAGAAAAAGAGCAUGGAGUGGUGAAUUCUACAGCAUUACACAAUUGCCUAAAACCUACUCUACCCUCUGAAUCUGUAAUAAAUACCAUAGAAACUGAUCGCAAAUGGGAUAUUUUCCUAGACAGUGUUGAACAUAUGACUGUAAUUGAAACUAGCAAACUGUCUAAGAAUUCUACAUGUUCAAACACAGACAAGUGCCAAGCAGAAACAAGUGACAUAGCUUCUCCUCAACCAUCGGAAGCAAUGCAGUUAUCACAAACAACCUUUUCUAUAGCAGCAACUGCCUCAAGUUUGUGCUCGAUGGAAGUGAAUCCCAAAUGUCAUGAUGCCAGUAAAGGCAAGGAAAAACAUUCAAAAGACUCCACGCUAUUGCCCAGUGAAACAAUCAGUUAUACAGAAAUGCCCUCUGAAUUUCCACAUACAGAGGUUGUGUGGGAUGACAAACUUGAGAGAGAUUAUGCCAUCCAUCUUCUUAGGGCACAAGUGGAGGAAGGUGGGAUUUUAGAUGUCACCUCUGGAAAACGGUAUGACCUUGCAGCUGCUCUCGAUAAAGGCCUUAUUGAUGAAGAGACUGUCUUGGAAGUACUCGCACUGCAGCUUCAAGAGGACGGUUUGAAAGAAACCGAAAGUGCUACAUUGUCAGUUCUGAAAAUUUCUGUCAGUAAAGGCUGCAUCUCAAGUAAGGUAGCACUACAGAUCAUGGAAAAGCAGAACCUUCUGGGUGGUUUCUAUGAUGCAGCAGCUGGAAAAACCAUUCGCAUUUGUGAUGCUUUAGAGACGGGUCUGAUUACUGAUGAUCUCAGCAGAAGUGUUCUCUCUUCAGAGGCAAUCAGGAAGGCCAUCAUUGAUCCAGAGGGAAAGUGUGUGCUCAGUGUAAACGAUGCCCACCAGUCUGGGAUGUUGGAUGAUGAAGAGGCUGAGAGGAUGCUACAUUCACAACAGGAUGAAAGGGAAGACGUUAUGGUGCCUGACUUAGCAAAAAGAGGCCAGAUGAGCUUGAGAUCAGAUGAAGCCACGCAGGUAUCUACAGACAUAGCAUGUGUGAGCAGUAGUCAGGGUUCUCUGUUACCCGCCAUUACUGACACACCAUCAAAAGACAAUAUGUUUGAUAAAGUUUCUGAGACUAAUGCAAUGGGGGAGGAUUGUGAUGAACAGUGUGCUAGUUUCAAGACUACAGAUCCCAAAAACGACAUAGACACUACAGAUGAAAGAGAAAGAGGUUUCACUUUGGAAGGAAAUGAGACAGAAAGACCACAUUACAGCGUGGACACUUUUGUUGUUGAUGAUUCUUGUAAAACUGUAAGUCCUUCUCCAUGUGUCAGGCAGGUGGCAUAUCUUGAGACAACGUCGAAUCAGGUUGUUAGCCCUGUACAGAGUGACUCUGGGAUAUCAUGUUCAUCACAAAAUUAUAUCUGCUCUGAAGAAAGGAAAUCUAAUCCUGAACAGGAAUUCAACAGGUCCAAAGUGGAGUCUGAAUCAAAUGCAUAUUUUGACAAAAAGCCUUCUGAGGGCUUAAGCACUUCACUACCAGUGGUAGAAAAUGUUGCUGAACUGCAGUCAAACUCAUCUUUAUGUUGCACAAGUGCCACUAUAGCAGAUGUGAAUUUAAGUACCGAUGAUCAGCACACAUUAGUUCAGAAUAUGCUGAAUGAGAAAGAAGAGGUGUCAUCUCAGACCAAUGCUUCACAUAAAGCUAAAUACUCCAAUAAUGUAAGCGAGAACCUAGAUGAUGAGCAUUCUGUUGAGGAUUCAGGUGUGUUUAGUUCUGAAAAUAGAGUAAAGGACAUGGUUAAAUAUGAGGACAGAAAUGCACCACAAACAAAAGUUGAGCCCAGUGCGGUCUGUGCAGAAAGCAGUAUUGACUGUAAGGUAGAAAAGAAUGAUGACAUUGAAAACUCUGUAGGUUUCAAAGGAUCUGAGGACACAUGUCAGCUCAAUUUAAUGGAUUUAGUUGGAUCAACGGUAAAUUCCGAGCAGUUACCACUUGAAAUUGUUACUAAUUCUAGUCAAGGUGAUUCAAGUGGAGGUAAUCAUAACAUACAGCACCCAAGUGAGCAAGGCAUAUUUUGUAAAACCACUACAAAAGAUGAGUUAGCCAGAUCAUCUGAAUCAAACUUUACAAGUGACAAUGAAUCAACCUUGGGUCAUUGUUCACAGGAUAUAAUCGCAGAAUUCAAUGAUUUGCAAUCUGCCUCCCAAAUUCCAAGUCCUUCAGUCAAAACCAUGAUUGAUCAAAAUAGCGAACAAAGCGGAGACAUCUUCAACCAGUGUCAAGCUGGAGAUACAGUGGUUGCUGAAGGUGUACACCAAGAUGAUCUUCAUUUACCUCACAUGGCAAUGGCCGAAGAUGAAAGUUUACCAAAAUCAAUGGGAGGCAGUGAUUUAAAGUCUUUUUUAAAUGAGUUGAUCCAAAUGAAGAUGGAUGGAGCAAGUGUGGUUGAGACUCAAAAACAAAAAUGCCAAGCCAUCGAUAGCAUUAUUGAAAUUAUUCAGCACCACUCUGGAAUCUCACCAACCAAUCAUCCCAACUCAAAUGAGAGAGGUGGGGAUCCUGAUAUCCUCUUGGAUUUGAAAAAACAUGAAGAACCAAGAGAAGCUCAGAACUGGCCAUCUGAUGAGAGUAAUGAUGAACCAAAGCAUCAGACUGAUCUACUGGAGAUGAUUCAGGGGAUCUCCAUAGAUAGAGAUAAAGGAAUGCUCGAGGAAGUGGAUGGAAAGCCAAGCAGCCCUUUGGGAGGCACUGCCCCGAGAGAAGAAAGCAUGGAAGCCAAAAUCAUUCCUGUUCCAACCACAGAUGAUGCUGCUGCUGCAGAUGACGACUUCCAGCCAACCGACUCGAACCACCUGGUUUCUAUGACAGAGGAUCCAUACAUACAGCAAACAGACAGAGUCAAACCUAGAAGGUAUUCCACCCAGAAUUACUUGGAAUGUGUUGGGAGGCUUCAGGAUCACUGUGAUACUCUUGAAGAUAUAAGAAGCGACUUGCAGACCAAGGGUCCGUUGGCAGAAUUCAUUGAGGGGUUGCAUUGUCAGUUAGAGGAAGUUCAGAUCCAUUUGGAAACCUUGUGUCAGGAUUUGCUAAGCUCUCUUGAGAAGGUCUCAGCUUGUAUGCAAGACAAUUCUGAGAUGGUGUCUAAGCUUGAUAUCAUGGAUGCUGAUAACAUAGAAAUAAUUAAGAACAAGAUUCAGCAAAAUAAGGACAUAGAGAAAGACUUAUCAGGAACCCGACAGCUCCUGGAAGAUGCUGCUUUUGAUAUCCAAAACUUCAUUUCUGAGCAUGCUCAGUUCCUGAGUCCCACUGACAGCAGACACCUUCUAAGGGCUCUUAGCACUACUCAGAGAUCCUUCAAAGAGCUCAUGGACAGAGCCUUCACUCAGAGACAAACUCUAGAGAUCCAGUUGGAGAUCUGUGAGGAUGAGACUCAGCAGCAGGCUGCUGUGGAGAAGCAGAGGGAGCUUUCAGAAAAGCUGCAGGAGCUGUUUGAUGAUCUGACACAGACAGAAAAUCGCCUCAUUGGACACCAGCAGCAGGCUGCCAGUGCAAAGACUGUGGGAGACCUCCAGCAAUACCAGCAAGAGCAUCAGGCUUUACAGAAAGACCUCCAGGCUAAUGCCAGUGCGCUCAAUGAAGUCAUCAGUAGCACAAAGAAGUUUCUGGAGGAGAAUCGCAGUAAACUCACUCCAGAGCAGAUAUCGGCUCUUGAGAACAAACUGGAGGAAUUGAAGAGCAAAGCGAAUAUGCUUAACCAGAAGGCAGAAGAGUCAAGGAAGGAUCUAGAGCAGGUUUUGACCAGUGCUAUCAAGCAGGAGACUGAGAAGGAGGCAGCUGUUGAACAACUUGAAGAGAGCAAAACUAAGAUUGAGGGUCUUCUAGGCUGGAUCUCCAACAUUGGGAAAGAGAAAGAAAUGGGUGGAAUACAAAAGGACCAGAUGGUUAAACAGAAUGGAAACAUGCCUGAGUACACAUCGAUGAAGGGAAUAAUUGGAGCGGAAGAUGAUCCUAAUGGAAAUGCAUUAGAUACUACAGACAACACAAGUCUACAUGCUGGCGAAAAACAAGAUGGUAAAGACCUUGGUCUGGACCAGCAGUUUAACAGGGUUCAAGCCCACCACCAGGAGAUCUUGUCCCAACAGCAGGAUCUGAUCAUCGCCACACAGUCAGCACAGGCGUUACUCGACAAACAGGCUCAGGUCCUGUCACCCACUGAAAAAGACAAGUUACAGAGGGACAUUAAAGAGCUGAAGGGUCGCUACGAGGCCUCUCUCACGCAGGCCGAGCAGCAGAUGAAGCAGGUCCAGACCGUCCAGGAGGAGCUUCAGAAGUUCAAGGGGGACUGUGAGGAGUUUGAGACGUGGCUACAGCAGGCCACAGGGGAGAUGGAGGAGCUCGGUGUGCCCGCUGCUGGUCUGGACACUCUGAGUAACAAUCUACAGAGACAGAAGAGUUUCUCUGAAGACGUCAUCUCUCAUAAAGGAGACCUGCGCUUCAUAACCAUCUCCGGUCAGAAGGUGCUGGACGCAGCGAAGGCCUGCGAUCACAGUGAAUCGGACGGCCUGCCGAUGGUCGAUAUGUCCGGGACUUGUGCUGCAGUGAAAGAAAGGCUGGACUCUGCCGCCAGUCACUACAAAGCCUUGCAUACGCAGUGUAAUCAGCUUGGAAAUAACCUGAAAGACGUGGUGGACAAGUACAAGAAGUAUGAAGAUGCCAGCGGUGCUCUGGUGAAGUGGCUGAAUGUCUCUGAGGAAGAGUCCAGAAGGCAGCAGUCAGAGCCUAUUGCUGGAGACCCACAAACCCUACAGAGACAGCUGGAGGAGACCAAGAGUCUUCAAGGGCAAACAACGUCCCGUCAGGCUGCAGUGGAUACGCUGAGAAAAACAGCUGAUGCCUUGAUCAGUGCAGAGGGAGACCUGCUGUCCCAUCCAGAGGAGAUUCAGGAGACAGUGGAUGACAUCGUAGAAAGAUACGACAACCUGUCGAAGUCAGUGAGUGACCGCAAUGAGAAGCUGCAGGUGACUCUGACGCGCUCCCUGAGUGUGCAGGACGGCCUGGAUGAGAUGAUGUCCUGGAUGGAGAAGGUGGAAGAGAGCGUGAAGGAGACGCCUAAAGUGCCGCUGGACUCCAGCUCUAUUGCAGAUGCACUUAGCAAGGAGGCAGCUCUGGAGCAGGACAUGUCCAGCAGGCAGAGCAGCAUCUUGGCCAUGAAGGCAAAGGUGAAGAAGUUUGUGGAGAGCGCUGAGCCGGCCGCUGCCGCCCUCCUCCAGACUAAGAUGGAGGGCUUGUCCCAGCGGUUUACUGAUGCCUCUGAGCAGCACAAGCAGCAGGUGGCUCAGAUGGAGGAGCUCCGAGACAAGGUGGAGCAGUUUGAGAAGACAUCUGAGAAGGUGCAGCAGUUUGUGCUGAAGAGCUCGCAGGCUCUCUCUGAGACAGAUGGACCAGGAAAGACCGUCGCUGAGCUCUCACAGCUCCUCCAGGACACAAAUGCAGAGUUAGCCGAGCACUCAAAAGACGUGGAAACGCUCCAGAAACUGUCUGAGGAACUCUGCAAGCUGGGUCCAGAAGGAAGCGCAGCUCUUCUUCAGAGCAAGAUGCAGAACAUCUCUGACAGCUUUAAUGCUUUUAAGGAGACAAAUACUGAGAAAAAAGAGGAGGUUUCAUCUUGCCAGAAGCAGCUGCAGGAGUUCAAAGCUGCCGCAGGGGUGUUAAUGAAAUGGCUGGAGGAGACAAAAGAGCAAGUGCCAGUGCUUCAGCCCAACUGCAGUGAACAGGGCCUGGGAACAGACCUGCAGAAGGUCAAUGGCUUACUGGACGAAUGGACUUCCAAAGCUCCUGCAGUCCAGGAUAUAAAUAGCAAAGGAUCUGCUCUAUGUAGCCUAAUCAGUGUUUUGACAUCACCGGCCAAAGCCAAGAUGCGUCACAACUCAGGAUCAGCUGUUAGUAAUGGUUCUGAUUCAGGCAGCCAUUCUUAUCUGACAAACCAAGAGUUGAUGCUGGUACAGCAGAACAUGUCCUACAUUAACAACGAUUACGAACAUCUGGGGGAGCUCCUGAAGGCCAGGUCCUCUGAGCUCAGCGCUUUGUUGAAGAGAGUUCAAGGUGUCCAUGAUCAGGCUGAGUCUUUACGUCAGUGGAUGGAAGACACAAAGAAGACAGCAGCAUCAUUGAAUAACCAUCCAUCUGAGAAAGAUGCAGUAAAAUCACAGAUAGAGCAGCAGAAGGUCUUUGAAGAUAAUAUGAAACAAAAGCAAGUGCAGCUCCAGCAGCUCAGGGAGAAUCUGCUCCGCUUAAUCGAGGAACACCCUGAUUCACCCGAGGCAGAAAAGUGGAAGCACAUGAUGGCACAGAUAGAUGCAGGAUGGGAGGAGGUCAAGGGCACAAUGGAGAUCCGGAAACAGCACCUGGAGGAGUCGUCUCGCAUGCUGGAGCUCUUCCAGACGACCCAGCCGCAGCUCUCGCAGUGGCUGCAGGAGAAGGAGUUGAUGAUGGGUGUCCUGGGGCCUCUGUCUGUGGACCCAAACAUGCUUAACACACAAAAGCAGCAAGUCCAGAUUCUCCUCAAGGAGUUUGACAGCCGCACGCCUCAGUAUGAGAAGUUGUCCGAGGCGGCCACAGCCAUCGCUAGUGCGUCAGAGCAGCAGGAUCCUGCCGUAGAGCAGGUUAAAGAACAGCUGGCAUCUAUUUCCCAGAAGUGGCAGGCCCUGACAGGUCAGCUGUCUCAGAGGCAUGCUCUCAUUGAGCAGGCUGUCGGUAAGACCACUCAAUUCCAGGAGCUCUUGCAAAGCCUCAGUAAAAGUGCCACUUGCCUGGAGACUGAACUUAAUAACCAGCAGGCCCUCAGCACCCAACCUGAUGAAGUGAAGAAGCAGAUUGAAGCCACUAAUGCAAUCCUGGCUCAGCUACGAGAGGAGAAGAAGAGGCUGAAGGAGGCAGAAAGUGUCUGCUCUGAGCUCUCUGCCAUGGUGACUGAAGAGUAUCUCAGAGCAGACUUGACAAAACAGCUAGAGGGCAUCACUAAACCAUUUAGACAACUUGAGGACAAAGCAGGAAAGCGGAUUGAGCAGCUCAACUCAGCCUUCGACAGCUCCCAGCAGUUCCAUCAAACAUCGAAGGACUUCCAAGCCUGGCUGAAUCAAACUCUGCAGGAGCAGUGUAAGCCACAGCCCAUCUCUGCUAAUGCAGAGAAGUUAAAACAGAGUCUCAAGGAGAACAGUGCUAUCCAAAAGGCCAUUAGUGAGCAUGAAGAACCUUAUAACACCAUCAUUAAAGAGGGAGAAGCUCUGCUCCAGAGCACGGAGGGGGCAGAAAAGGUGGCCCUUCAGGGACAGCUCACUGCUCUAAAGUCCAGCUGGGACGAUGUGAAGAAAAGUAAUGCUGCGCAAGCAGAAAAGCUUCAGGGGGCCUUGCAGAGGGCACUGAAGUACAAGGAACAUUCUGAGAAACUGAGCUCAUGGUUGCAAGAGUGUGAAGACGGGGAGAAGAACGUGAAGCUCAGUGCGAACUCAGUGGAGAUCGAGGGCUCCCUCUCACAGUUGAAGGCCAUCCAGAAAGACGUUGACAAGCACAGAGGGCAAGUUGCGAUGGCGAACACAGCUGCCGACAGCCUCCUGGAGGUAGUCACUUCAGAUGGCGAUUCGGUUAGGGAGGAGAAGGCAACCAUUGGUAAAAGAGUGGAUAAGCUGACAGAAGAUUUAACACUCAAAAGAGAAUCGUUAGAAAAUAUCUCACAGAAGCUGAAAGAGUUCAACGACUUACAGAAGGAAGCCAAAGGGCAGCUGGAGGCUGCCAGGAAACAGCUCGAUUCUCACUCGGCUUUGGGUGUCCAGGCCUACAGCAACAAGAACCUGACCAACAUGAAGGCUCAGCACAACAGCUUAGAGGGUGUCCACAACCAGAUUGAGCAUCUCAAAAAUCUGGCAAAAAGUCUUGUGGUAGAUGCCUCUGAGGUGGAAGGUGUGACAGACCUUCUUCUUCAGGCAGACAGCUUGGAAAAAGACCACAUGUCAAUUACUAAAAAGGUAGAGGAUGCCUGCUCCACCUUGGAGAACAAACUCCAGGGCAUUGGACAAUUCCAGAACAGCAUUCGUGAAAUGUUUGCGAACUUCACAGACCUGGACGAUGAGUUCGAUGGUAUGGCUCCAGUAGGCAGGGGUCUUGACACCUUAUGGGAUCAGCAAAGCACUAUCAAAGACUUUGUUGCUAGACUUCAGGAUCUGAUGACCAACACGGCCAAUGGCAGAGACAGUUGCAAGAAGAUGCUGGAGUCAGAGGCCUCACCAGAUCUCUUGGGUCUGAAGAGAGACUUGGAAACCCUGGGCAAGCAGUGUGGAAAGCUGAUGGACCGAGCCAUGGGUAGAAGAGAACAGGUUGAGGAGACCCUCAGUCAUCUGGAAGAGUUCUACGUCAAGGCGCAAGAGUUUACCCACAAACUGAGCAGUGCCGAAAAACAAGAGGAGUCCCAAGGGUCUGUUGGAUUGGAAACAGAAGUCAUUAACCAACAACUGGAGACCUUCAAGGUUUUCCAAAGGGACGUCAUUGAGUCACUGCAGAGCCAAUUGCAGGAGUUGAACACUCUGGGCCAGGCACUGAUCCAAAAUGCCGCCAAAGGCACCAGCACCAAAAAACUUGAUCAGGAUCUAGAGGAGGUCAACACCAGAUGGAACACCCUCAACAAAAAAGUUGCAGAGCGAUCUGCACAGCUUCAUGAAGCCCUGCUGCACUGUGGCAGGUUCCAGGAUGCACUGGAGUCCCUUCUCAGCUGGCUCACAGACACUGAGGAGCUGGUGGCCAAUCAGAAGCCUCCAUCAGCAGAAUUCAAAGUGGUGAAAGCACAGAUACAAGAGCAGAAGCUUCUGCAGAGACUGCUGGAUGACCGAAGGGCUACGGUAGAGCUGAUUAAGACGGAGGGACGGAAGGUGACCGACUUAGCUGAUACUGUUGAUAAGGAGAAGAUUGCGAGAGAGAUUGAAUGCCUUGGGCAAAGGUGGGAUGACCUACUUAAGAAAGCUGAGAACAGGCAAAAGCAGUUGGAGAAUAUUUUGGUGGUGGCACAGCAAUUCCAUGAGACCCUUUUGCCUUUGACGGAGUGGCUGACAGCUACUGAAAAAAGACUAGCCAACUCGGAGCCCAUUGGCACGCAGACUUCCAAGUUGGAGGAGCAAAUUUCUCAGCAUAAGGCUUUAGAGGAGGAGGUUUUGGGCCGUGGUAAGAUCUUGUACCAGGCCAUGAGUCUGGGCCAGACUCUACGGACGGUCAGCUGUGUGGAUGACAAGGAGCUGGUGCAGGCAAAGCUUGACAACACACACAGCAGCUACAUCGAGCUGCAGGAGCAUUGCCGCCAGAAGGCCGAGUUAUUGUGGCAGGCCCUGGCUAAUGCGCAGCUCUUUGGGGAGGACGAAGUGGCCCUAAUGACCUGGCUCGAUGAGUUGCACAGCAAACUGAGCGAAGUCUCGAUCCAAGACUACACGACAGCCGUGCUCGCUAAACAGCAUGCUGAGCAGCUGGCUCUUCAUGAAGACAUUGAGUUGAGGAAACAAAAUAUUGAACAGGCCAUCCUUAAUGGGUUAGAACUGCUAAAACAGACCACGGGCGAUGAGGUUGUCGUCAUCCAAGGUAAACUAGAUGGAAUAAAGACGAGGUAUUCAGAGAUCAACACAAUGAGCAACAAUGUUUCAAAGACUCUGGACAAAGCCCUGUCUCUUGCCACAAAACUGCAAAAUACACAUGAGGAGCUGAACGCCUGGCUGGAGAAGGUAGAGUCUGAGCUGGCCGUGUUUAAAGCUCAAGAGCCGGUCGGAGAGCAGCUCACUUGCUUACAAGAGAGGCAGAAAACACUGAUGAAGGAGAUUAAGGAUCAGAAGCCACUGGUAGACUCUCUUAAUGAAGUAAGCAGUGCUCUGCUGGAACUCGUUCCAUGGCGAGCAAGAGAAGGUUUGGACAGGAUGGUCACAGAUGACAAUGAGCGCUACAGAAUGGCCAGCGAUGCCAUUACACAGCAUGUAGACCAGACCGGAGCUGCCAUCUUAAAAUCCCAGCAGUUUGAGCAGGCAGCCACCUCUGAGCUCGAGUGGCUGACGGAGGCAGAGAGGAAGUUGUCUUGCCUUGGGGACGUCAGGCUUGAGCCGGAGCAGACCACAGCUCAACUGCAGGCUCAGAAGAGCUUCUCCAUGGACAUUAUGAGACAUAAAGAUGCCGUGGAUGUCAUCGUGAAGACCAGCGAGGCCAUUAUAAACAACAAAGAUGAGGCAGAGAAGCAGGCGUUGAGGGUGAAGCUCCAGGCGUUGUCAGAGAAAUACAUUGUGGUUAGUCAGCUGAAUUCAGAGCGCUGUCUGCAGCUGGAGAGAGCUCAUUCUCUAGCCUCCCAGUUCUGGGAGACGUACGAUGAACUCUGGCCAUGGCUGCAGGAGACGAGGACUACCUUCACUCAGCUGUCCCAGCCAGCUAUCGAGUACGAAGCCCUUCGACAGCAACAAGAGGAGCUGAGGCAAAUGAGAGAGCUGAUAGCAGAGCACAAACCACACAUUGACAAGAUGAAUAAAACUGGACCUCAGCUGCUGGAAUUGAGUCCCACUGAGGGGGCACCAAUCAGAGAGAAAUACGAGGCCGCAGACAAACUGUACAGCCAGCUUAAAGUCGACGUCAAGCACAGAGCUGCUGCCCUGGACGAGGCCACCUCCAAAUCCACUCAGUUCCACGAUAAGAUAGACCCCAUGCUGGAGUCUCUGGAGCGCAUCGCCGAACGCCUGCGCCAGCCUCCAUCCAUCUCUGUCGAGGUGGAGAAGAUCCGUGAGCAGAUAUCAGAGAACAAAGCCGUGAAUGUAGACCUGGAGAAACUUCAGCCGUCCUAUGAGACCCUCAAGCAGCGAGGAGAGGAGAUGAUCGCUCGCUCCGAAGGAGCAGACAAGGACCUUUCGGCCAAAGCUAUUCAAGAUAAUCUGGACCAGAUGGUGUUUCUAUGGAAUGACAUCCAAGCUCUUCUGGAGGAAAGAGAAGCCAAGCUCCUGGAUGUUAUGGACUUAGCCGAGAAGUUCUGGUGUGAUCACUGCGCUCUCAUCGUCACCAUCAAAGACACGCAUGAUCUGCUGAAAGAGCUGGAGGAGCCUGGAGUCGAUCCUUCAGUGGUCAAGCAGCAGCAAGAGUUUGCAGAGGGCUUUAGAGAAGAGAUCGACGGGCUGCAGGAGGAACUGAAUGUGGUCCAGAAUCUGGGGGCGGAGCUUAUGACAGCGUGUGGAGAACCUGAUAAACCAGUGAUCAAGAAAAGUAUAGAUGAGGUGAACUCAGCUUGGGAAACCCUCAAUAAGACAUGGAAAGAGAGAGUAGAGACUCUAGAGGAAGCCAUGCAGGCUGCGGUGCAGUUCCAGGACAGUCUCCAGAACAUGUUUGACUCGGUGGAUAUUUUGGAAGGCAAACUGGAUUCGAUGUCGCCCGUGGGCACGGACCUGGAGACUGUGAAACAGCAGAUCGAGGAGCUGAAGGAGUUCAAAGGUGAUGCAUACCAGCUUCAGAUCGAGAUGGAAAGGCUGAACCAUCAGACCGGGCUGCUGCUGAAGAAGGUGGUAGAGGAAGCCGACCGCACUUCCAUCCUGGAGCCAAUGAAUGAGCUGAAAAUGCUCUGGGACGACCUGGAUAAAAAGAUUAUCAACAGACAGCACAAGCUGGAAGGAGCACUGUUGGCUCUAGGGCAGUUCCAGCAUGCUUUAGAUGAACUUGUGGCUUGGCUCACUCAUACCGAAGAACUGCUUGGUGAACAGAGGAAGGCCUGCGGCGACCCCAAAGCCAUCGAGAUCGAGCUCGCAAAGCACCACGUGUUGCAGAACGAUGUGCUGGCCCACAAGACCACGGUGGAGGCGGUGAACAAGGCCGGCAGUGACCUCAUUGAUUCUAGUGCUGGAGAGGAGGCGCAAGGUCUGCAGAACAAGCUGGAGAACCUCAACCAGCGCUGGAGGACUAUCCUGGAGAAGACGGAUCAGAGAAGACAGCUUCUGGACAGUGCCCUGCUGCAGGCUCAAGGUUUCCAUGGUGAGAUUGAAGACAUGCAGCAGUGGCUGAAAGACUCGGAGCGUCAGCUGUUAGCAUCAAAGGCCCUCGGAGGCUUACCAGACACGGCCCGAGAGCAGCUUAACACCCAUCUGGAGCUCUGCAGUACACUGGAAGCCAAGGAGGAAAUAUACAAGCAGCUUCUUGACCGAGGGCAGCAGAUUUUGGCCUUGACCCCUGAGGGUCAAGACAGCACCACCGAACUGGACCUGCGCAACCUGCAGGAGAAGUGGGCAUGUGUUCGGGCCAAAGUGACAGAGAGGAAGGUGAAACUGGAGGAGGCCCUGGCGAUGGCCACAGACUUCCAUAACUCACUUCAGGAUUUCAUAAACUGGCUGACGCAGGCCGAACAGACCCUCGCUAUGGCCUCGCCUGCCUCCCUCAUCCUGGAGACCAUCAUGUUCCAGAUAGAUGAGCAUAAGGUGUUUGUGACUGAGGUGAACUCACAUCGGGAUCAGAUCAUCGAGCUGGAUAAGACAGGAACACACCUCAAGUACUUCAGUCAGAAACAGGACGUGGUGUUGAUCAGGAACCUCCUGCUGAGCGUUCAAGGCCGCUGGGAGAAAGUCGUGCAGCGGUCAGUGGAGAGAGGACGCCUGCUGGACGAUGCCAGGAAACGUGCCAAACAGUUCCAUGAGUCCUGGAACAAACUGAUGGAGUGGCUGGAGGAGUCCGAGAGAGCGCUGGACUCUGAGCUGGAGAUCGCUAAUGAUCCGGACAAGAUCAAGACGCAGUUAACCCAGCACAAGGAGUUCCAGAAAGCUCUGGGCAGCAAGCAUUCGGUGUAUGACACCACCAGUCGCACGGGCCGAGCUCUGAAGGACAAGACCUCCUUGCUAGAUGACAACCAGAAACUGGACGACAUGCUCAGUGAGCUCAGGGACAAAUGGGACACAGUCUGCGGGAAAUCUGUGGAGAGGCAGAAUAAAUUGGAGGAGGCUCUGCUGUUCUCAGGUCAGUUCACAGACGCACUGCAGGCUCUCAUCGACUGGCUUUAUAAAGUGGAACCACAGCUAGCUGAAGACCAGCCUGUGCAUGGAGACAUAGACCUCGUCCUGAACCUCAUCGACAGCCAUAAGACUGUUCCUCAGGCUGAGGAGUUCCACUCCACCGUUCAUAUCUUACUGGAGUGGCUUGCAGAGGCCGAACAGAGCCUUCGCUUCCACGGUGCUCUGCCUGACGAUGAAGAAGCCCUCCGCGCUCUCAUUGAACAGCACAAGGAGUUUAUGAAGAAGCUGGAGGAGAAGCGACAGGCCCUGAAUAAAGCCACGAGUUUGGGAGAAGCCGUCCUGUCCAUCUGCCACCCAGACUCCAUCACCACCAUCAAACACUGGAACACCAUCAUUAAAGCGCGGUUUGAGGAGGUAACGGCCUGGGCCCGUCAGCACCAGCAGAGACUCUCCAGUGCUCUGGCCGAACUGCUGGCCACUCAAGAACUGCUGGAGAACCUGCUGAACUGGCUGCAGUGGGCGGAAACCACGCUCGGCGAGAAAGACAAGGAUCCUCUUCCUCAAGAGUUAGAGGAAGUCAAAACGCUCAUCGCUGAGCACCAGGCAUUCAUGGAAGAGAUGACCAGAAAACAACCAGAUGUGGACAAAAUCACCAAAACUCAUAAGAGAAAAGCCACAGCGGAUCCUCCGGUUCAGUCUCAGAUCCCUGUUCUAGAGAAAGGACGGACAGCAAGAAAGAGAUCUCCUACACAGUCCAUGUUCACCGCAGCAUCACAGGCACAAAUCGAGACUAAGAACCCCCGAGUGAACCUGCUGGUCAGUAAGUGGCAGCAGGUGUGGCUGCUGGCGCUGGACAGGAGGAGGAAGCUCAACGAUGCUCUGGACAGACUAGAGGAGCUGAAAGAGUUUGCCAACUUUGACUUUGACGUAUGGAGGAAGCGCUACAUGCGCUGGAUGAACCACAAGAAAUCACGUGUCAUGGAUUUCUUCCGCCGUAUUGAUAAAGACCAGGAUGGCAAAGUCACAAGGCAGGAAUUCAUCGAUGGCAUCCUAUCCUCAAAGUUCCCCACCAGUCGUCUGGAGAUGAGCGCUGUGGCAGACAUCUUUGAUCGGGACGGCGACGGCUACAUCGACUACUAUGAGUUUGUGGCUGCUCUGCAUCCCAACAAAGAUGCUUACAAACCAUUAACCGAUGCUGACAAAAUUGAAGAUGAGGUGACUCGCCAAGUUGCAAAGUGCAAAUGUCCGAAACGGUUCCAAGUAGAGCAGAUUGGCGCCAACAAAUAUCGGUUCUACCUUGGAAAUCAGUUUGGAGAUUCGCAGCAGCUGCGGCUGGUGCGCAUCCUGCGCAGUACGGUGAUGGUGCGGGUGGGUGGUGGUUGGAUGGCCCUGGAUGAGUUCCUGGUGAAAAAUGACCCGUGCAGAGUUCACCACCACGGGAGUAAAAUGUUGCGCUCGGAAUCCAAUUCUUCAAUUACUCAGUCUCCUAUAGGUUGGCAACUCUCACACUUUCUCUCCUUGCUCCAUCCCAGUGCUAAGGGCAGAACCAACGUGGAGCUGCGUGAGAAGUUUAUUCUCCCAGAAGGUACCACCCAGGUGAUGGCCAGUUUCCGCUACAGAGGUCGAAGGUCACGGCCGUCCUCAAGAGGCACCUCCCCUAACAGAUCCAACUCUAGCCACAGCUGCCCCGCACAACCCAACCCACCCGGCUCCAACACACCCAAGACACCCCAACAUGUAACCCGCAAUUAUGAUAAACCCUGGCUGACAAACAGCAAAUCAGCUACUCCUCUUAAAUCAUCUGACUCCUUUGACAGCCAAGGGUCAUCCAAUGAGAGCACCCCUAUUCAGGGCAGCAAGCUUCGUCUUCCAGGCUAUCUGUCGGGAAAAGGCUUUCAGUCAGGAGAGGAUGGAUCCUUGAUAAACGCUGCAGUCAUGAAGGCCAGAGGUCAAGCCAUGGGGUUGAGUAAGAUCCCAAGCAGGCCCGGCAGCAAAGCAGGAAGCCGAGGGAGCAGCCGCCGUGGCAGCGACGCCUCAGACUUUGAUAUUUCAGACAUCCAGUCGGUUUACUCGGACGUGUUGGAGACAGUGACAGUGACGCCGCGCUCAGCCUCACGCCAACACGGAGGCAAACCCUCCAAAAUCCCAACUCCCCAACGGAGGAGCACCCCUACUAGCAAACUGGCUAAGACCACCAAGAGAUAGUCAACAGUCCAGGCCCCAGAAGCGGCCAUGUUCCAGGCCUCCGUUCUGACAGCACUGGCUUAGCGCACACUAAAUCGAGACUGGACAGACAUAGAUUCACACUAAAGACUGCAAAGUGUUAUCAUUUUUAAAAAGCGUAGCGAGAUGUAAAUUAUUCUGUUGUGAACGUGAAAAAGGAAGUUCAUGUGGAGUGUGUGUGUGGAAUGCAAUGGCUUUGUGUAUUUGUCCUGUACUUUACGUGAAUGUUGCGUCAAUAAUAUUUUGUUUGAUCACUGGGAAAGGUCAGCGAACACAAGAAGACUGUAUGUUGUUAGGUAAACUAACACUUUUCCACAUGUUUGCGUUGAGGGAGAAGCUGAAUGUACAGUCGUUUCCUCCAGCGGACAUGCUGGUUGGCGAUAAUAUGCCCUUGUAUUCUGCCAGGACACCACAAUUAUUUAUUCAUCUAUUUAAAGUGCAAUGACCAGCUGCUGUUAUGCAUUUAAAGGGCAAUUCGAUACCACUGCUACACUACAACUGUAACCCCUGCUAUCAUACACUACAGUUAAUCCAGAUCAUGGCCUUUAAACUUGCGUAUAAAACACCCGUCUGUAGCACCCGCAGUAAUGUUCGCUUCUAUCAAAUCACAGAUUGCGUGCCACCUUACUGACUAGAACUUUCUGACUAAAAACAUUCAUAAGUGCAAUCAUGCCUGUGUACUCUAUGGUUCCUUUUUGCCUGAGUGAUGCAAAUUACUCAACUUUUUGUAAUAAAUAUGCUUGCAGAAAGCUCAACAAUAUAU